AUGGCUGUUCCGCAAAGUUGCUCCGUCCUGGUCGUCGGAGGAGGCCCCGCCGGUUCAUACGCCGCUGCGGCCCUGGCUCGCGAGGGCAUCGACACGGUGGUGCUCGAGGCAGACAAGUUCCCCAGGUACCACAUUGGCGAGAGCACGCUUCCUUCUCUGCGUCACUUCUUCAAGUUCAUCGACUUUUACGACACGGUCGACGCUCACGGCUUCUACCGCAAGGUACUCCCCUGGGCCUGCUCCGCAUCGCCCGCGCCUCGCCCGGGGUCUCGAGUUAACAAGUCAAUGCCCCAUCAUAGAACGGUGCUGUUUUCCGGCUCGCUCAAGAUCAGCCCGACGCCUGCAAGUCUCUACCAGCCCCGGCCGUGUGUCGAUUCCGAUUCCGCUAGCCGAGCUAACAUGUGCCAAGACACCGACUUUCUCGAGGCCGGCGGCCCCGGCGGAUACGCCUGGAACCUGAUCCGGUCCGAGUUCGACGACCUGCUGUUCAGGCACGCUGGCACCUGUGGUGCUCGGGUCUUCUCCGAGACCAAGGUGGACGCGAUCCGCUUUGCGUCGGAGACGGACGGCACGCAAAGGCCGGACUCGACCGAGAACCGAAACGGGACUUCGGACCCCGGGCGGCCCGUGUCGGCCACGUGGGUCCGCAAAGACGGCACCUCGGGAUCCAUCCGCUUCGAGUACCUCGUGGAUGCGAGCGGGAGGCACGGCAUCCUGAGCACCAAGUACCUGAAGAACCGCAGGUUCAACGAAAACUUCAAAAACGCCGCCCUCUGGGCGUACUGGAGGAGCGACAACGUCUACGGCCGAGGCACGCACAUGCACGGGUCGCCGUAUUUCGAGGCGCUGGACGACGCCAGCGGCUGGGCGUGGUUCAUGCCGCUGCACGACGGCACGCGCUCCGUCGGCAUCGUGCAAGACCAGAAAAUGGCGGCCGACAGGAAGCGCGAGCUGGGGCGCCCCUCGACCGUCGACUUCUACCGGCACUGCCUCGAGAUGGCCCCCCGGACGAGCCAGCUUCUCUCGGGGGCCGAGCUCGUCCCCGACGUCAGAUCGGCGGCCGACUGGUCCUACACGGCGUCCACCUACCACCUGCCCUGCGCGCGCAUCUGCGGAGACGCCGGGAGCUUCAUCGACCCGCUGUUCUCGUCGGGCGUCCAUCUCGCCGUCACCGGGGGCCUCUCGGCGGCGGCUACCAUCGCGGCCUCCAUCAGGGGCGACUGCGGCGAGGAGGCGGCCGGCGCGUGGCACUCCAAGAAGACGGUCGAGAGCUACACCCGCUUCUUCCUGGCGGUGAGCAGUGCCACCAAGCAGAUCCGCGCGCGGCACGAGCCCGUCAUCCAGGACAUGGACGAGGACGGCUUCCAAAGGGCAUUUGACCUCUUCAAACCUAUCAUCCAGGGGACUGCCGAUGCCGACACGGCGGGCAAAGUGUCCCGGGCCGAGAUAUCCAAGAUUCUCGCCUUCUGCUUCAAGGCGUUCACGUACGUCCCGCCGGAGAAGAAGGACGCCCUGUUCGACAAGCUCAGGCGGCUCGACUCGGCGUCUGCUCGGAAAGACGCGCACGCGACGGCGGCAGCCGAGACGCUCGACCACGACGACAUGCAGAAGCACCUCACGGCAGAUGAGCUGCAGGUGCUGGAGACGCUGCGGAGCCGGCGCAUGGUUCGCGAGGACCCCUUCGAGAUGGACAGCUUCACGCUCGACACCAUUGACGGGAUGGCGCCUCGAUUAGUGCGCGGCAGUCUGGGCCUUGUGCGCUCCGAGCAGGCCAAGAUUGACAGAGCCCACUUCUACGCCGAGGACUUUUUGGACGGCAAACACCCGGGGAUACGAGAGGGCAGUGUCUACAUGCCCGCAUCGAGAGUCCGGCUUGAGUAUUUUGGCAACGGGGGCGUCUCGCUGGCAAAUGCUGCCUCGUGGCAGCAGAGCGUCAACAAGGUCGAGAUUAGAUCCGGCAGCAACAAACGUACAAGAGAGAAAUAUCUCGGUGACGAGCACGACGGACUGGAGACUGCAGAUUAG